AGGCAGAAAUUUCAAAUGAAAAGAUUAUGGCAUCCAAAGGCAUAACCAUAGCAGCCUCAACCCUUGCAUUGAGGAUCUUGACCCUCUCGGCUUUGGUUGCUUGUGUGGUUGUAUUUAUCAUCAACUCCGUCUCUGUCAAAGUUGUUAUAGAGGAUUUAACCAUAAACAAUGAACCCACCAAAAUCACUGUCAAGGACUUCAUUGCAUACAGGUUUGUAAUCUCUACAGCAAUUAUUGGAACAGCAUAUACAAUAUUGCAGCUACCUUUUGCUCUGAACUAUGCCUGCACUGGAAAGAGAAUGAUGCGCAAUGAAUGCUUGCCAGAGUUCGACUUCUAUGGAGACAAGGUCCAACCUAUUCACUCAAACAUAGAAGUUUAUAUUCCUGCAAAUGGUUCAAAACUAUCUUAA